CAACAUAAGUUCAAUCUCUUGUAACAAAAAGAAAACAAAAAAAAACGAGCACAACCGAAAGUAGAAAAAUUGUGGCCUGUCUGCAUUUAACUCUCGUCUCUGUAAGCUUAACCACACAUCAUCGACAUAACAUUCCCGUUUCUCUCUCCCUCUCUUUCAAGUUUUCAUUAACCUCUACGAGCUCCUUGUAUGGCUGCAGGACUCUCAUCAAUCUCCGUAACACUCAAACCACUCAACCACUCUUUCUCCUCCUCUAACCCCCGCCUCAAACAUCACCGUAUCUCCGCCGCUGUUUUCCCUCCUUCUCGAAGAUUCAACGUCUUUCAACGACGUACAGUCUGUUUCGUCCUAGAAGAACAGAAACAAAGCUCUCCCAUGGAUGACAAACCGGAAAGCACGAGCUCUCCCGACAUCUUGACGACGUCACGGCUUCUCAAGAAAGCGGAGAGGAAAAAAUCCGAGAGAUUCACUUAUCUGAUCGCUGCUAUGAUGUCGAGCUUCGGUGUUACUUCCAUGGCAAUCAUGGCCGUUUAUUACCGGUUCUCCUGGCAAAUGAAGGGAGGUGAAGUGCCAUUAUCAGAAAUGUUUGGUACAUUUGCUCUCUCCGUUGGUGCUGCCGUUGGGAUGGAGUUUUGGGCAAGAUGGGCUCAUAGAGUUCUCUGGCACGCUUCUUUAUGGAACAUGCAUGAGUCUCAUCACAAACCUAGAGAAGGAGCGUUUGAGUUAAAUGAUGUGUUUGCCAUAAUAAAUGCGGUUCCUGCGAUUGGUCUUCUUUACUAUGGAUUCUUCGAUAAAGGACUUGUCCCAGGUCUCUGCUUCGGUGCCGGAUUAGGAAUAACAAUGUUUGGAAUCGCCUACAUGUUCGUCCACGACGGACUUGUGCACAAGAGAUUCCCUGUUGGUCCCAUUGCCAAUGUCCCUUACCUUCGAAAAGUCGCCGCCGCUCACCAGCUACACCACACAGACAAAUUCAAAGGUGUACCAUAUGGCCUGUUUCUUGGACCCAAGGAAGUGGAAGAAGUGGGAGGAAAAGAAGAAUUGGAGAAAGAGAUUAGUCGGAGAAUCAAAUUAUACAACAAGGGUUCCACCUCUUAAUUUCUUUAAACCCAAAUCCUACUAAUUUCUUUUUUUUUUAACGUUUUUCUUCUUUUUAAUCUGCUAUGUAAUAUUUUGUGUGGUAGAUAAAAAUAAAGUUGAAAAGAUCCAGCCUAAUUAGUCUUUUGAAUUAAAAAUGACUAAGAAAACAGUGUGUGA